AUGGUUAGCCCGAAGCUGGCUCUGCUGUUGGUGCUGCUGCACGCAGCUUUUGGCUCCUCCUACCGCUGGUUUAACUGGCAAUAUGAGGUUACUUGCGAGUCUGACGCUUACAUUGCCCCCCACAACGAGGCUGCCGUUGCCAACUUCCUUAAGAAUCAGUAUCCCAAGGGAUCCCACAUCAAAGUUGUUGGAAAUGGUCAUGGAUUCGGUAACCUCACCACCUGUGUAGACAAUUCUCUUACUGAGAAGCCCUCUUACAUCGUGUCCAUGACCAAUUUGAAGGGACUCAACAUCGAUAAAAAGAAUAUGACUGUCACUUUCGGUGCUGGCUGGGAUGUUUAUGACCUCACCGAAGAGCUCAAGGCCAACAAUUUGUCUUUUGCGAACCUCGGUGUUGAGCGUGUUCAGAAUUUCGUGGGUGCAGCUUCCACCGGUACCCACGGCUCUGGUUCCAUCAUUGGUAAUAUCGCCAGUCAGAUUAUUGGACUCCGUGUUUUGGACGCGCAGGGCAACCUCCGUAUUCUCAACGAGACGAGCAACCCAGAAGAACUGAAGGCUUUCCGUAUCAGCCUUGGUGCCCUCGGUCUCAUCACAGAGAUGACUAUUAAGGUCCAACCUACACUCCUCCUGAAGAAGACCACCAAGGUUAUGAAUGCUACCUCCGACUACACGCUGAUGGGUAAACAGCUUGCUCAGCUGUACAACGACCACGACCGCGUGACUGUUUGGGGUCCUCACUUCGACUGGAACGAGGCCCUUCAGGACUGGGACCUUGAACCUACUUACUUCUACUCCUAUUGGGAGCCGACAAACUAUACUGGCGUUCGCAACUGCACUCUCAACUACUGUGCCAAUGGUUGUGGUGACUGCAAGAAGGAGUACGUCUGCUACGACGAAGCCAUUGACGCCGCGUCAUGUCCUCCCCAAGGCGUCUGCGACCGAGAGUUCUAUGCUGAGAUCGAGCACUUUCUUCCAAUCGAGUACUACGCCGAAGCUACCGCAGAUUAUAUUACUUAUCAACAAUCCCAAACUCCCCGAAUGAAGGCUCCCUAUAACAACAUGAUGGUAAUUCAACACCGUUCUCUCAAGGGUGAUGAUGCUUACAUGUCCCCUGUCAAUACCUACAAUCUUAGCCCUGACCUCAGUGGUGUUUUUGCAAUCAUCGAGAUUGACUGGAUCCAAACCUACAACAACUUUACAACUCUUUGGCAGAACCAGGAGUUAGGCUACGAAUUCCUUUCUAUGUUUGGUGAAAAAUACAACGUUCGGCCCCACUGGAACAAGAUGAACCCUGCAAAUGCUACCUACGCUCUGGAGAAAUUCCCGAAGCUGCCCGAGUUCUUGGCUAUCCAACAGCGCCAGGAUCCCAAGUGCCAGUUUGUCAACGAAUUCCUGGUUGAGCAGCUUGGAAUUUCUCGCUGCGCGAACUACCUCUCCAUUUAA